AUGCAUCCACAUCUUUAUUUUUUCCAUGUUCAAAUAGAUGACAUCUCGAAGACGGGAAAUCGGAAACGAUCAUCGGCGAAUGACUGGAAUGAAGACACUUUAUACGGAACCCCGGACUACAGCAAAAUGACCAAAGAUCGGCCGAUUCCCUUUUUUGACAAUUCAACUUCUCAAGAAGUCUUCGUGGCUGCCGGCACGACUGCAGUCCUUCAAUGCAAAGUUCGAAACCUUGGUCAAAUGGCUCUGUCGUGGUUCCGGAAGAAGGAUUAUCACAUCUUAACAUCCGGUCGACAUUCCUUCACCAAUGAUGACAGAUUCACGCCACUGCAUCAAGAAGGCUCGGAUGAAUGGCUUUUGCAGAUGAAGAAUGUGAAGAUGGGAGACAACGGAACGUACCAGUGCCAAGUGGCUACACCAAAUGGGAUUCUUUCAAGAAAAAUCGAGCUGACAGUUGUAGUACCAGAAGCUUUCAUCCUUGGUGCCAACAAGGAUUACCACACUGAAAAGGGAACUUCAUUCACCCUGGUGUGCAUUGUGGAAAAGGUGGCUACACCAAAUGGGAUUCUUUCAAGAAAAAUCGAGCUGACAGUUGUAAUACCAGAAGCUUUCAUCCUUGGUGCCAACAAGGAUUACCACACUGAAAAGGGAACUUCAUUCACCCUGGUGUGCAUAGUGGAAAAGUUAUACCCCCACAGCGCCGACAGCGGAUCAGGAAGUGAGAAUUACCCCACGUCCGGGCGGGAAACUGCUUCUGUGCUGGUCGCAGUAUUCCGCACUGCUUGCCACACAACUGUAUGGUUUGUCGCUGCUGCUGUGGGGGUGUAUAUAAAGGCGGUCGAGCCACGACCACGACGACGACGUCGAGGAAAGGAAAGGAAACCCCCGGAAGGAAGGAACCGAGAAAUUACUUUUCCUCGCCACCGCCGCCUCGAAAAGCGCGCUUUGAUGUGUGAGUCGCGACGACGAGGCGGUUGUAUUUCAAGGCCUAUAGGGACUCUGAAGACGACGAACGAGUAA